AAUCUGCUCACUCAUUCAGGAGCCCAGCAGAAGCCCCUUCUGUCUGGCUGUUGAACACUGACUGGGAAAAGUUCCUUGGGAUUCACUCCACAUUAAUAAAGAAGAAUGGAAGGUUACUUAGCAUCAGUAUCACUGGGAGAGGAGUCCACUCAAAUGUGGAGCCUUAACAAACGUCUGGAAGCCUAUCUGUCCAGAGUCAAAGCCCUGGAAGAAGAGAAUGAGUUGCUCAGAAAAGAAAUCCACAGUUUAAGGAGCAGUAAGUCUGAAAGAUGCUGGAAGAAGAAGCAUCACAAAGAGAUGAUGAAGCUGAGGGAUGCUCUGGAUGAUGGCCACAGAGAGAUGGUCCAAGCAGAAAUGGUAAGAGACAGCAUAUAUGAAGAGAUUGAAUUUGUAAAGCAAAGGUGCCUGGAAGAGAAGCAAGCAAGGGAAGAUGCAAAGAAAGAACUGUCAGAGAGUAAGAAAUUGUUGGAAGAAGAGACAAGAGCCCAGAUCUGGUUGAAAGAAAGACUUGGCCAGCUUGAAGCAGAGUUGGAGGACAUCCUGAGAGACCAUGAAGAAGAAAAAGCAUUGAUGGAAGAAGAGAUUGCAAGCUUCUCCCAAAGACUGGAGAACUUCAGGGUCGCCCCAGUAGCCUUUAAACCUGUGGAGGUUGACGACUAUGCCAGGAAGCUCUCAGAGAUCUGGCAGGGGGCUGUGGAAGAGUAUAAGAGUGAAGUGUCAGUGUUGGAAGCCGGUUUGUCCGAAUCCAAGGAAAACCUGAGAAAGGUGUUGGAAGAAAACAAACAGAACCGGCUUCUGCUGCAAAGCCUGGAUAAAGAAUUAGUGAGUCUCAAGAGGAGGAAGGAGGCUCUGGAGGACCUUCUCUCCAAGCAGUGGCAGGAGCAGAAGGAAGAGGAAGAAAAGCUGCAGCUUGAGGCUGAAGCUUUGGAACAGGAGAAACAAGACCUCAGAGGCCAGAUUGCUGAAGUUCUAGAGGACAGACAGCAGCUUAUGCACCUUAAGAUGUCUCUCAGCCUGGAGGUGGCCACAUACAGGUCACUUCUAGAGGCCGAGAGUACAAGGAUAUACACAGAUUACAGAGGAUCUUACACCUUUAAUGAUUCCAUGUUGGAACAUAAUAAUAUCAGAAGAAGACAAUCGGAAGAUACAAGGAAAACUGUUUCCAAGGAUCACAGACAGAGUUACAGUAAAAAACAGAUUGGUGACAAAAAUGAACUGCAGAGACCAUCCCUAAACAAUUUCUCGACUGUGAAAAGUUCUGCAGUUCCAGUAAGGACAAGUCCUGUAACCAAAGAGUUUCAGAAAGUUAGCUCCGUUCUUCAGUCUCAAGGUCUAAAAUACACCAAAGCACCUCAAGUCAAGGAAGUUCAGACAGUAUCAACAGUUAAGAGCAAUUUAGAAACCCGCACCUUUUCUGGUGAUGCUUUCAGGAGAGCUCAGGUGGAAACACGGAAAACAGAUGAACAAGUUAUUAAGAAAGAUGCUUUGGGGCUGAAUGAUUUGAAUAAAAACACUGGUUUUAAAGAAGAAAAAGAUAUACAGAAACCUGGUUUUAUGGAUCAUGUUGUGAGUAAAUCAGUAUCAUCGACUGAACAUAAAGUUCCAGAAAUAGAUCCUUUAGAGUCUGCUUUGAAGUCAUUGGAGGAAGAUCUCAGCAGCGUGAGUUCUACUUUUAAUGCAGGUCAAAGUUCAAAUUUAGAGGCAAUAAAAGAUGUUCUAGGAGAACCGAUAUGUUUGGAGAAUCUACAAAAUGAAAUUGCCUUUGAAAAAGAAUCUCCAGGUACUAAUGCCGAAGCAGACCCAAUUGAAGAGGUUAUUAGUGAAUCUGUAAGCUACCAGACAGUUCAUUUUGAAAAGCAAGAAUUAUCCAACUUGCUGGAAAUAGAAAAUACACAUGAGAACCAUGUCCAGGAUGCAACCCAAGCAUUUAAUUCCUGUGAACAGGAUGGACAUGAUAGAGCAAGUACUCUGGAAAAUAAUGAACCUGAUGUCCAACAAUAUAUCAGGACACUUGAGUCUAAUGAAAUCAAAGAAUCAAAAAUACCUUCAGACAACACUGAAGAAGCUGAAAUCAUAAGCAAAAGCAGAAAAGUUUUUUUGGAGAAUGAAUAUAUACCUGUUUCCAAAGAUGAUCUUACUGAAUUUACAAGCCACCUAGAGAAUGAUUCUGAGAGCUCCCAGUCAUUUGAUAGCAAACUUUUUGAGAACAAGUCAACCGAAGAUCAACUCAUUACAAACUUGAAAAGUAACACUCAAGAGAAUAUCUUCCAGUCCAAUCAAGAACAUUUGGAGAAUUUGGAAUUUGAUAGUGUAGUACCAGACACUGUAAAGUUCAUGUAUCCACAAGAAAAUAAUUUGUUAGAAGAAGAAAAUGUUUACGGUGAUGGGGAACUUGUUCAAAUGGCUACUGAUGAAAAUAUAAUAAAUCAGUCAAGUGAUCAGUUGCUAUUGAGUGAUCACAGCCAUCAUGAAGAAACUAAGACUUCAGAGUCAAUUGCCGUGGAACACAACAGAAUGGAAUCAGAGCAUGCAGAAGUUGAUAAGUCAAGUGAAAUCCCAGUGGAAAUCAGUGAGAAUGUUAGUGUUGAAGAAAUUAUUCAUGAGAUAAGUGAUGUUGAAGAGGAUACUAAACAAGAAUUUGAGGAUGAAAGGGUUGGUGAACAGAUAAACCAGAACAAUCAGGAGAGUACUGUUGAUUUGGAUGGUUCAGUUUAUUCACAAGAAGAAAAUAGCCAGCUUGAAGAAGAUGAAGUGAGCAUAAGUGAGCAAAUUGAAAAGGAUUUUGAAAUAAAUGAACAGGAAUGUCUAAAGUCUGAUCAGAUCAGAGAAGCAUUUGACACUGAAGAGGUUGAUCAUCAAGUUGUAGAUUUUAUGCAGGAGCAGUCAUUUGAAAGGGAAGUUGGCCAGCUAAAUAAUAUUAAACAGGAGGUAGACUAUUUGCAAAAUUAUGAUGAAGACAGUUUCCAGAACAAUGAUGAGCCCCAGGAGCUUGAAUCAUGUGAUCUGCAAGAACAGAAAAUAAAACUGGAAGAGGAAAAUCAACUCUCUGAGAAUGAAGGAAAUCAGAAUUUUGGUGGGAAUGAUAUUGAAGAGUUUAGUCAACAGGGCUAUGACACUGAUGAGAUCUGUCAAGAGACUAUUGGCAAUCAGGUUUCAGCUCAGUUGCUAUGUGAAUCUGACAUCAAUCAGGAUAAGCUGAGUAUGGAAGACGAGGAAGAACAAAAUAACCCUGAAACAGAGGAUAAUAUUGGCUUAGAGCAGGAAAGUGAUCAAGAAAAUACCAGAUCAAAUGAGGGUACUAAAUUUAGUCAAGAAGAAUGUGAUGUUGUUUUUAAACCAGAGGACAUGUCAGACAAAUCAGAAUAUAGUGGACAGCAGGAGGAUUUAGACAAACAAGUAACAGAUUUUUCUCUUAAUGAACAAGCUAAUAAUGAUUUGUUGGAAAAGGAAGAAGUAAUCUUGCAUCAUGCUGAUGAUCAAAGAUCAGUCAAUGAUGAAAUUACAAUUGAUGAGAAGCUAAGUGAAAGAAUUAUUGAUAAUGAACUUGCUACGGUUGAUGUUAAUGAAAGCUUGGCUGCAAAUAAAGAACAAGUUGAUCUCUUUACAGAUGAAUAUGCUGUUGACGAUAAUGUUGGCAUGCAGGAUGAUGAUAGUGGUCAAUAUCAAACUAAAGAAGACCUUUUUGUAGAUGGAAACAAUAUCAUAGAAAAAAUUGAAAUUCAACAAACUUCAGUACUAAACCAAGAAAUUUGUGAGAGGGUAGAUAAUGUGGAUGAAGAUAUUUCAGGAGAAGCAAAAAAUGAGUCAGUUGAAAUGAACGAUGUUGUAGAUUUGGUGCCUGAAGCAAAAGUUACUGGAGAUGAGCAAAUCAGUCCACUGCAGGAUGAAAAGUUGAAUUUGGAAACAAUGGAGGAUACCAAAGAUAAUGAUGGACAACUUUGCCUGGAAAAAGAGAAUGAGACAGAAUAUAUUGAAGUCACGGAUAGUCCCCAGUUUGCUACAGAUCUUUCACAUGAUGCUGGUAGAGAACUAACUGUAGACCAAAAUAGUGCAAAUCUACAGUUUUGUGAGAACCCAACUGAGACACUUAUUGCUCAUCAUAUAGAAUAUGAAACUGUGGCAGACUCUGAUCUUGAAUCAACUGAAGAACAAGUGCAAGAAACUGAGCACAUCCCCUUCAAACCAGAAGACAGUAAGAUGGAAAACGAGAAUUCCGAAUCUGAAGAAUCUGUUGAUUCACAGGAGAUCUCACUGAACUCCCAUAAAAGUGAAGAAUUUGAAAUUAGUAAAGAUUAUCAGUUAGAACAAACCUUGCCAGAUGUAACACCAUUACCUAACCUAGAAGAUGAAUUUGAAGAUUUAACUGAACAACCAGACGUUCAUGAAGAACAUCAAAAUAAUGAUGACUCUGGAGCCUCUACUUUUAUAACUUCAGUUGAUGAAGAUAAGGAAAGAGAAGUUAGAGAGUCAGUUUCUAAAGACGAAGAAUCAAAUGAAGAAGAAUUUGGUGAUGUACUAAGUGUUGAUAAAACAUCACAAGUGGAAGUCACUACCCUUUCAGGUUUAGCACAGGAACCGUCUUAUUUAGGAGAUAACGAGGAGUCCGAAGAUUCUAUGGAAAAUGCUGAAAUUCUGAAUGAAAACCCAAGCAAUGAUAUAGUUGACUUUAUGGUCUCGCAAAUGACAGAAACAAAAAUCAUCAUAGCUGAACAGGUGACAGAACAAACAGAAGUAACACUUCAGUUUGAUGAUGCACCCAAUAAACUUACAGAAAAUCUUAAUGCAAGAGAAAAGGAAACCUAUGAUUAUGAAAGCAAUGAAGAAAAUAUUGAAUUUACAAAUGAGAACCAAUCAGCAAGCCCAGCAAAUGACAUUGUAGACGAGAAUCAAUCAGAAGAUAGUGUUAUCUCAGACAAUGAAGGCACAACUUCCUCAUAUGAGGAUUUGCCAAAUGCAACAUCAAUCAGUCAUGUUGUGGCAUUGGAAGAAAGCAAUAUUAGCACGACUGAACAAAGUUCUACUGAUACAAAACGUAUGACUUAUGAAGGCUAUGAAAUAACUUCAUUACAAAAUGUAGAAGACAAUGCACAAGAGACUGAAAAAGAAUUUCCUUCAGGAGUGCCUUUAGGACAAGAAGAUUCCAGAUCUGAAGAUGAAGAGUUAGAUGAUGAAGGAAGUGAGUUUUCUUUUGGUGUAAAUGAUGAGAAGGCAAAUGGAGAGCACAAAGAUGUUGGUGAAGAUGAUGAAACAGAAGAUAUGUUAAAUGGACAUUCGCAAACAGAAUAUAGUAAAAUAGUGUUAACAAGCAAAAAAAGCUUUGAGAUGGAAGAGGAUGUUUUAGAUACGCAGGAUAUUCCAGAAGAUUCCAUUAUUAAAUAUGCCAUGUCAGAGGCGAAAAGUGAAGGCCUCUUCCAGUCUUUGCUUGAAACCUCAGAACCAAAAGAUGGCAGCAGAAUAGAAGAAGUCCUCUUAUCUGCUGAAAGUAAGAAGGUCACCAUUAGUUCUGAAUAUCUGGAAUUUUCUGAAGAAGACAGACUUACCAUGCUAGUACAAAACCCAUACCUUAAUGAUAAGACUAACAAGGAUGAACCUAAGACUGUUGCCAAGUCUCUUUUAGUAGAUGAAGAAUUACUUGUUUCAGCCAACCAACAAAUUAAUAAUGAGAAAUAUGAAGGGGUUUUGGUUACAAAGACUCUGCAUGACGAUGAAGAUUCCUGGUCAUCUGAUGACUAAGUGACACGCUCCAAUAUACUGUAUCAGUGUUAAUAUGAAGACUUUAUUUUGAAUCACUGCCUUCACUGCAACAACAGUGACAACAGUUGUUUGCGAGUUGUGUGUCACAUACAUUUGUAAUGGCUUUUUUAACAAGUUUCUUGAAAUGACCUGGUGGUUUAUGCAUUUCCGAAGCAUGAUGAGCUUUUUGGUCGUCCAUGGCACUGUAGAACAUCUAUGUCUACUUGAAAGGGGAUUUUAUUUAUAUAACACAUUUUUAUCACCCAUAUCAUCUAUAUAUUAUAUUUUAAAAUAUCCCCCAAGAUACUACAACAGUACACACAUCUAUAGGCUGAAAUGCGAGCUGCAGUGCAUUCUAUCCGUAAUUACCUUCAUCGUUCUUAUUCUCUUACUCAGAAUAUUGCAUGGUACAUUAUUCCAAUUUUAUAUGGUCAAUCACUAGCAUGCAAUUUAAACUUUUUGUUAUAUUGUGCCUUAGGUCUAAUUUUUAAGUAUAUAUAAAUUUUUUUGGGUUGUAAAAUGGAAUAAUGUAUGUUUAUGGUAUGUCUCAGUCAUAUGGAUAGAUUCUGUAAUGCACCGUCCAUUCAAAGUUCAACAGAUUUUUUUAUAUUCAGUUUUGAAAUCUGACAAGGGGCUAGACAUAUUGUCAAUAUCUCAGCUGCCCCAAGUCAUGUGACUUGUGCUCUGAUAAACUUCAAUCACUCUUUACUGCUGUACUGCAAGUUGCAGUGAUAUCACCCCCUCCCUUUCCCCCCAGCAGCCAAACAAAAGAACAAUGGGAAGGUAACCAGAUAACAGAUCCCUAACACAAGAUAACAGCUGCCUGGUAGAUCUAAGAACAGCACUCAAUAGUAAAAACCCAUGUCCCACUGAGACACAUUCAGUUACAUUGUCAAGGAAAAACAGCAGCCUGCCAGAAAGCAUUUCUCUCCUAAAGUGCAGACAGAAGUCACAUGACCAGGGACAGCUGGGAAAUUGACAAAAUGUAUAGCCCCAUGUCAGAUUUCAAAACUGAAUAUAAAAAAAAUCUGUUUGCUCUUUUGAGAAAUGGAUUUCAGUGCAGGAGUCUGCUGGAGUAGCACUAUUAACUGAUGCAUUUUGAAAAAAACAUGUUUUCUGAUGAGAGGAUCCCUUUAAGAAUAUACUAAUUUUUUUCAUGCAACUUGCACAAAGAUUAAAGGUCCAUUCGAGUAUUGUAUGCAUACAUAAGCCACAUCCUUGUGAUUAUGCCAAAAUCCCUGCUUUGUACUCCCACCAACUGCUAAGCUGGUAUAGGUGGGUUUUGAAAUGUAAUAAAGCAUACCAACCUUUACAGGGUCAUUAAAGCCUUGGGAUAUCGAGGUUUUAAAAUGUUAGCAGUAUGGAAAUGGGACAAUUCUUAUGAACAGCAGCUGAGUGUAGAAAAAUGAUUAGCCCUCUAAACUACUCAACUGUCAUUCUUUUCUAUGCAUCAGCCCUCUUGGCCCUCUAAACUACUCAACUGUCAUUCUCUUCUUUGCUUCAGCCCUCUUGGCCCUCUAAACUACUCAACUGUCAUUCUCUUCUAUGCUUCAGCCCUCUUGGCCCUCUAAACUACUCACCUGUCAUUCUAUUCUAUGCUUCAGCCCUCUUGGCCCUCUAAACUACUCAACUGUCAUUCUAUUCUAUGCUUCAGCCCUCUUGGCCCUCUAAACUACUCAACUGUCAUUCUAUUCUAUGCUUCAGCCCUCUUGGCCCUCUAAACUACUCAACUGUCAUUCUAUUCUAUGCUUCAGCCCUCUUGGCCCUCUAAACUACUCAACUGUCAUUCUAUUCUAUGCUUCAGCCCUCUUGGCCCUCUAAACUACUCAACUGUCAUUCUAUUCUAUGCUUCAGCCCUCUUGGCCCUCUAAACUACUCAACUGUCAUUCUAUUCUAUGCUUCAGCCCUCUUAGCCCUCUAAACUACUCAACUGUCAUUCUCUUCUAUGCUUCAGCCCUGUUGGCCCUCUAAACUACUCAACUGUCAUUCUCUUCUAUGCUUCAGCCCUCUUGACCGCCUAACUCUGCUGGCAUCUCUUGCAUGAUGGCAUCACUUAUCCAGAUCAGGGCUUGCAAUGUACAGGAACAUUAAGCCAAUGCAUUGCACUUUUGCAUUCUCUUGACCUUUGGACUGGUGGAGAAUGUGUGCAUCAACAGUGGAAGGUACUGGGAUGUUUGGAGGGUCCUUAUUUUUAGUAUAGAAGGCCUAUUGCUAUCAUGUUAAACAUAUAUAUGUGUCAAGGCUUUAAGUGACAUUCAAAGGUCUGGAGGGAUAUACAGGAUCUCAUGAUAGUUGACAAAGCCAAACCAUUGUAAUGGCUGCCUUUCUACCUUUGUCUGAUUGCAUUGCACUACACUGACCGGACAGGAGUCAUGUGAGUAUCAAAGGCAAAAAAAGGUUUUUUUAAACUGGUUAUUUAUUAAAUUUUGUAAUUAAAACUCAUUAGGAAAUCAUAACGAUUAUUGGAAUUAAAAGCAUCUGACUGUGGGACCAAGGACUGGGGAGAGACAACUAGUUCAGGGGUGGUGAUGGGUUCCAUGAUUGUGUGUUUUAAUCUGUCCCCGUUGGUGUGAACCCUUUCCUCCAAAGAAGACAUAUCCUACCUAAUUCAUGACGGUUGGCUUCCCUCAGCCUAAGCUAAGUAAGGAAUGUUCUACAUUCUAAAAUGAACUGCCCCAGCCCCUGCCUUUCUUGUUAUUAUCUCCCAGCUACCUUAACACCACACCGGAGGCAAAAGGUGGUAACCCCAAGUGUAGUUCAUAUACUGUAGAGACAUCACAGAUGAACAUAUUAAUGGGACAGAAAUGCUAACAAAUAAGUUGCCUUUGAACUGAUGUAAGUCUCAAACAGCAACUGCCCUAACUGCAACUGUCAGUAAUUGUGAUCUGCCCAUCUUCGGAGUAACAGUUACAUUUGUGCUGAGAUAUUGGAACCAUCGCCUGUUAAUGUGAAUUUAACCCUGCAGUAUAAUGUCGAUGUGCCUUUAAAGUUAAAUGACAGAUUAAGACUCAGUACUGCCUACCUCAUGUACCUUCUGGGUGACAGUGGACCUUGCGACCACCCCUCUGCAGUAAAGCCCUUUGUAUGGUCCAGUUUUUGUGAGCUAGGAACCUUUUCCUGGGUUCAGUACAGAAAAGUUGAAGGUGGGUUACAAAAGAGAGGGACCUAGAUGUUAAAGUGGGGUUGAAAGCUGUAUUUUUAGCACCGGAUUAGCCUUAUGCCUUAAUAAAAAUAAAAUAUUUUGUUGGCCUUUAAGGAUAUGUUUUUGUACAAAGUACAUGGCAGACCUAUGCAGAGAACAUUCCAUAGUUGCCUAUUUUCUUCUGUAUCAGUGGGAGCUGCCACCUGUAUUGUUUCUAGACCUUAACAGAAGAGCCGCAUCUUAUGGCUGAAAAAUGUUUCUCUUUGCCUGGGGCAACAUGCAAACGGAGGCAAACAGUAUGGCAACUCGCUAUAAUGGGCCUAUUGUUAUGUACAAUACGGUAUAAGCACUGUUAUAAAUACUGCGCUCACCUACAAGUAUGAAUGUACUCGCCUACAAGUGCCACCUGCCUCUAUGAAAAAUCCUAUUAUAGUACAAACGGAGAUCAUGUUAAUGACGUGCCUUCACAAUACCUUAAUAAAAUCAGUCAAUGUUU